ACUUGCAUAGUAGCGAGUAGUGCGAACCGGAAGGCUUUUUAGAUGAAAGUUGCUUUGAAAAGUAAGAGAUCAUAGCCUCCAAGAGGACUUCAAGAAGAGUCUUUGCAUUUCAUCGAUUUGGCCUACAUUGCAAUCUUUGUCUAGUCUACGUGGUUCAGAAAUGUUUUUAUACAUUCUUGGCGGGGUGGCCUUGCUGUUUCUUGUCCGCUGGUUCAGGGAAAGGAAAAGAGUACCUGAUCCAUCUAUGAAAUAUAUCUACAUUACUGGCUGUGACACGGGCUUUGGGAACCUCUUAGCAAAGCAUCUGGACCAGCUGGGGUUCAGAGUUAUUGCAGGCUGCUUCACAGAAAAAGGAGAGGAUGAGUUGAGGAAAGCAACCUCAGAUAGACUGACAACCCUGGCCCUGGAUGUCGGCAAUGUUGACAGCAUCAACAAAGUAGCAGCCAGCAUCAAAGAAAAGGUUGGAGAGAAAGGUCUGUGGGCUGUGGUGAACAAUGCCGGAAUCUCUCUACCCUCUGGCCCCUGUGAUUGGCUCACCAUCAAUGACUACAAGCCUAUGCUAGAGGUCAACCUGUGCGGGGUCAUCGCCGUGACCCUCAGCGUUUUGCCGCUCAUCAAGAAGGCCAAAGGGCGCGUGGUCAACGUGGCCAGUGUGUUUGGCAGGAUCAGUCCUUUUGGAGGCCCUUACUGUGUGUCAAAGUAUGGAGUAGAGGCCUUCAAUGACAGUCUUCGGAGAAAUAUGGCCCCUUUUGGAGUGAAAGUGUUGUGUAUUGAGCCUGGGUUUUUCAAAACAAGCGUGACUGACUCAAGUAUGAUAGAACAGAAUCUGCAUACCUUAUGGGAACGAUUACCCCAAGAUGUUAAGGAUGACUAUGGAAGUGAUUAUAUGAAAAGAGUGGGUGCGAUGUUGAACACAAGGUUUUUGAAGAUGCUGGACAGUGACCUGAUGAAAGUUGUGAGCAGCAUGGAGCAUGCCGUCACUGCUGUGCACCCCCGUACCCGCUACUCGCCAGGCUGGGAUGCCAAGUUCUUCUGGCUGCCACUCUCCUACAUGCCAACCUGCUUCGCAGACUUCCUACUGGCGAAGGAUGCAGUGAAGCCUAAAGACUGUUCUUAAUAGGAAAUUGUUCUGAUGUGAUCAUAUGACUAUUUACUUUAAUCACUUGCAUAUUAAAAAGAUACUUACCGUAGUAUGAAUGGAUAUUUCACCUGGCAUUCUUCAUGUUGGAAUAAAACAUACUUGAACCAUG